GCGGUUCCCGCCCUCGCUCAGCGCCCAGGUAGCUGCGAGGAAACUUUUGCAGCGGCUGCGUAGCGCGGCACGUCUGUCGCUCCUCCGGGCCGCUGCCAGGCUUGCCCAGUCCUAGUGAGGCUCUCGCUCCGGCUGCCACUCUCUCGCGCUCUCCUAGCUCCCCGCGAAGCAGGAUGGCCGGGACCGUGCGCACCGCGUGCUUGGUAGUGGCGAUGCUGCUGGGUUUGGAGUGCCCGGGACAGGCGCAGCCCCCGCCGCCUCCGGACGCCACCUGUCACCAGGUCCGCUCCUUUUUCCAGAGACUGCAGCCUGGACUUAAAUGGGUUCCCGAAACCCCCGUGGCAGGAUCAGAUUUGCAAGUAUGUCUCCCCAAGGGCCCAACAUGCUGCUCAAGAAAGAUGGAGGAAAAAUAUCAACUAACAGCACGAUUGAACAUGGAACAACUGCUUCAGUCUGCAAGUAUGGAGCUCAAGUUCUUAAUUAUUCAGAAUGCUGCAGUUUUCCAAGAGGCCUUUGAAAUUGUUGUUCGCCAUGCCAAGAACUACACCAAUGCCAUGUUCAAAAACAACUACCCAAGCCUCACCCCACAAGCCUUUGAUUUUGUGGGUGAAUUUUUCACAGAUGUGUCUCUCUACAUCUUGGGCUCUGAUAUCAACGUGGAUGAUAUGGUGAAUGAAUUGUUUGACAGCCUGUUUCCAGUCAUCUAUACCCAGCUGAUGAACCCAGGCCUGCCUGAGUCAACCUUAGACAUCAAUGAGUGCCUCCGAGGAGCAAGACGUGACCUGAAAUUAUUUGGGAAUUUCCCUAAGCUUAUCAUGACCCAGGUCUCCAAGUCACUGCAGGUCACACGCAUCUUUCUUCAGGCCCUGAAUCUUGGAAUUGAAGUGAUCAACACAACGGAUCACCUGAAGUUCAGUAAGGACUGUGGCCGGAUGCUCACCAGAAUGUGGUACUGCUCUUACUGCCAGGGACUGAUGAUGGUGAAGCCUUGUGGCGGCUACUGCAAUGUAGUCAUGCAAGGCUGUAUGGCCGGUGUGGUGGAGAUUGACAAGUACUGGCGAGAAUACAUUCUUUCUCUCGAAGAACUGGUGAAUGGCAUGUACAGAAUCUAUGACAUGGAGAAUGUACUGCUUGGCCUCUUUUCAACAAUCCAUGAUUCUAUCCAGUAUGUCCAGAAGAAUGGAGGCAAGCUGACUACCACCAUUGGCAAGUUAUGUGCUCAUUCUCAACAACGCCAGUAUAGAUCUGCUUAUUAUCCUGAAGAUCUGUUUAUUGACAAGAAAGUAUUAAAGGUUGCUCAUGUAGAACAUGAAGAAACUUUAUCUAGCCGAAGAAGGGAACUAAUUCAGAAGUUGAAAUCCUUCAUCAGCUUCUAUAGUGCUUUGCCUGGCUACAUCUGCAGCCAUAGCCCGGUGGCUGAAAACGACACCCUGUGCUGGAAUGGACAAGAACUUGUUGAGAGGCCCAAGUUCAGUGCAUUCAUGCUGGAGGGCAAUGAGGAGUCCUAUGCUAUCAUCUUGAUAUCACUAUCAGUAAACUACAGGGCACCACAAGGAACAGAAGAAGAGCGAAAAGAUGGGAUGGCAGAAGCAAGAGCAUUCUGCAGGGAAGCCCUGAAUCUGGCCUGUGACAGACUGGCUGGAGUGGUGGGGGGAUUGUCAUAUUUCACUGGGGCAGAAAUUCCUGUGUUUGAGCCCCUCGGAAAGGCAGAUUCUCUGAAAGAAGUGUUUGUCCAAGGCAUGACGCCACCGAGAAAGGGAAGCACAAGACACGUGAUUGGUGAUUUAUCAUCUGUGAAGCCGACUGAAGCCUUGGCACCCUCCCCCAAGGGUUACACCGUUCCUAGACAAAUACUGCCACAAACCCUCCUGAGAACAAUGUCUGUGCCCAAAGGUAGAGCUCUGGAGAAAACUCUGGAUGAGGAAGGGUUUGGAAGUGGAGACUGUGGGGACGAUGAGGAUGAAUGCAUCGGAGGCUCUGGUGAUGGAAUGAUGAAAGUGAAGAAUCAGCUGCGCUUCCUUGCAGAACUGGCUUAUGAUCUGGAUGUGGACGAAGCUCCUGGGAGCAAGCAACAUGUGAACCAGAAGGACAGUGAGGUCACCGCCUCUCACAGUCUCGGGAACGCACACUCCCCCCUGAAGCUCCUCACCAGUGUGGCCAUCUGCAUGAUGAGCUUUUUCUUCCUGGUGCACUGACUUCCCAAUGCCCAGCACCCGUGCUGCCCGCAGCACUUCGUGGUCCUCCACAACGGGAGCCACCUUCUUAUUUUUUUCUAUUUUUUUAUCUUAUAUACUUCCUCCAGCCAUUAAGUAGAAAACUAACCAUGUGUUAUGUUUUCGAAAAUCAAAUGGUAUCUUUAUGAGGAAGGUAAAUUUUAGUGGUAGUAUAGAUUGUCCUUUUGCAAAGAAAAAAAAAAAA